AUGGAUUUCUUCCGUAAGAUCGGUGAGAAGAUCGAGGAGGUCAAAGACCACCUCGAACAUGGCGACAGUGAUCGGCCUCAAGAGGAGGCCCGACCUCAGGAGCAUCAUGAAGAACGUCCGGCCUCACGGCCUCAUUCCCGCCAUGACGAGCGGCCUUCAGGACCGCCUGUCAAUACAAACCGUUACCAGAGCUUUGCCCCCCAGUCCUCCGGCGGUGCCAAGUGGUAUGUCGAUGGAGCGAGUUACUUCCAUGCCGUUUCCGUGGCUCUUGAGGAGGCCCAGGAAAGCAUCUACAUCCUUGACUGGUGGUUGAGCCCGGAGCUCUACCUCCGUCGCCCUCCUGCCAAAAAUGAGCAGUAUCGUCUUGAUAAUAUGUUAAAGGCUGCAGCCGAAAGGGGUGUUACGGUCAAUGUAAUCGUCUAUAAAGAGGUCACUCAAGCUCUGACCUUGAACUCUGAGCACACAAAACAUGUACUGGAAGGCCUCCACGACAACGUCAAAGUAUUCAGACACCCUGACCACGGUUUGGAUGUCGACGAUGCAAAAGCGGAUAUUGAACAAGCUUUCAGUAACUUGUCUAUGGGAUCGUUGAACGCUUUCAGUCUUUCCAAGGCACCCGAAGAUGCUGUGAAAUCGCUGUACGGUUCAGCCGGCGAGGUCGUCCUCUACUGGGCACAUCACGAAAAGUUGUGCCUAGUGGAUCGGAAGAUUGCCUUCAUGGGUGGAUUGGAUAUGUGUUUCGGUAGAUGGGACACGAACAGCCACCCAAUUGCUGACGCGCAUCCCGGCAAUUUGGACGCUACGGUGUUUCCAGGUCAAGACUACAACAACGCUCGUGUUUUCGAUUUCGAAGGCGUUGACAACUGGAACCAUAAUCAACUUGAUCGCACAAAGAACUCGAGAAUGGGCUGGUCGGAUAUCUCAAUUUCCUUGAAUGGACCUAUUACCGGCUUCUUGCUGGAUCAUUUCGUCGACAGAUGGAACUUCAUCUGGCAACAAAAGUACGAAAACCAGAAUCCGGGCAAGUACCAAAAGAUUGAGUACGAAAGCGGCAGUACUAAAGCCUCCGGCCAUCUUGGCGGGGAUUUCGAAGGUCGCUUAGUCGGACGAGUUAAGAGGCAAGAAGAACAAGGAGGUGCUCACAUUCAAUUAUGUAGAAGUUGCACUGAUUGGUCCUCGGGCCACCCUACGGAGCAUUCCAUUCAGAAUGCUUAUAUUGACGCUAUUGCAAAUGCUCAGCAUUUUGUUUACAUCGAGAACCAGUUCUUUAUCACGGCUACAUCUGAUGAGCAGCGCCCGGUUCAUAACAAAAUCGGUGGUGCCAUUGUAGACCGUAUUAUUCGCGCCCAUAACGCACGCGAAGACUUCAGGGUCAUUGUACUGAUGCCUGCCGUGCCAGCGUUUGCUGGUGACCUACACUCCGAUGGCGCUCUGGGAACUCGUGCUAUCAUGGAAUUUCAGUAUAAUUCAAUCAACCGUGGUGGGCAUAGUAUCAUGGAGGUUCUCCAACAGCGGGGUGUCGAGGACCCUAGGCGAUACAUCACUUUUUACAAUCUCCGCAACUACGAUCGCAUCAAUAACUCUGAAACCCUCGGCCGUGCCGAGGAAAAGAGCGGUGUGCCUUAUGAGCAGGCCCGGCGCGAAUAUGAUGACAAGCUUGGUGUCGGCAACUACCCCUAUGGCGAGCAAGGUGAAGAUCGAGGACGAUAUGGACAAGAGGAAGGCGGCGAGUCUCGCUUUGGUGGAGGCUAUGGAGGCCAGCAACGCGGCCAUGAUGGUGAAGAGCGUGGAUAUGGAGGUCAAGAACGCAACUAUGGUGAUCGAGACCACGGAAGCCGUGGCUACGGAGAUCGUGAAAAUGCGAUGGGAUUGCGUGGUGGCUAUGGUAGCCCGGAUCGUGAGGACGGCCGACGGCGCGAGUAUGGUGGGGACUACGAAAACCGCGAGCGUGGCUAUAGCAACAGGGAUGAAGACCGUAACACUGGCUAUGGCGAGCGCCGUGACGAUCGUGAUCGCUUUGGCAGCGGUGGCUAUGACGCUAAUGACCGUGGAUAUGGCGAACGACGUGAGGAAGGAUUUGGUGGUGGUUAUGAAGACCGCCGCCAUGAAGAGUUCGGCGGCCGUCGUGACGAUGACUUCGGGGGGAGACGUGAUGAAGGCGAACGUUUUGACAGUGGUGGCUACGGCGAGCGACGUGAUGAGGGCCGACAAUACGACAGUAAUGAUCGCGAGGAGCAACGUGACGACUCUGAACGCUACGACGGCGGACGCGAUGAUAACCGCCUCUCUGGCGGCAGGUCGGAAGGUCAAGGCCGAACUGGUAACUACGAGCGGUACCAGCAAGCUGCGCAGACGACUUCUGACGAAACCACGGAUUCCGUGGCUGCCUGCUAUAUGGAAGGCGGAGAGCUCAACCGAGUUCAAUGGCAAGGAAGCCCAGAAGCAGAGCUCGAUGCUUACGUCUCAGAAGAGCUUUACAUCCACACCAAGGUGCUCAUUGCUGAUGACAAGCUAGUCAUUUGUGGUUCGGCAAACUUGAACGACCGUUCGCAGUUGGGUGACCAUGAUUCUGAGAUUGCCGUGGUUAUCGAAGACCCGGAGACUGUUGAGUCGACCAUGAACGGCCAGCGAUUCUCAGCAUCAAAGUUCGCCACGUCUCUCCGCCGUCAGAUUUUCCGCAAGCACCUCGGUCUCUUGCCUCAUCAACCCGUCGACAAGCCCAAUGCCAACUGGACUCCUAUCACUCAAGAUCCUCAGCAGUACGAUUGGGGCUCGCAAGCUGAUCGCCUAGUCGAGGACCCCCUUAGCUCUGAGUUCUGGGAGCUGUGGUCUGGCACCGCCCGCACAAAUACCGAGGUCUUCAACAAGGUGUUCCACCCUGUUCCUACGGACCUGGUACGCGACUGGGACCAGUACAAAGAAUUCUUCAGCAAGUACUUCAUCAUCCCUGGUGUUGAGACCAAGGAGGAAGACAAGCAGGGUAAGGUAGAGUACGGACAUGUCGUGCGUGAAGAAUUCCCUGGUGGCGUCGACGAGGUCAAGCAAUGGCUUGGCAGAGUCAGAGGUACCCUCGUGGACAUGCCUCUCGAUUUCUUGAUCGACGUGCAUGAGCUUGCUAAGCAGGGUUUGAGCUUGAACGCAUUUACGGACGAGAUCUACACUUAA